AAGCUAAAUGGAUAAACCUCGUCGACUUCCUCACUGCUCACACAAACAAUCAGAAACCAAACCAGAGAGCUCUCUGAACCAGAAUGGGAGCCUUAAAGCUCAUUCUCUUAAGCUCAACAACCGCACCCACUACUUCCACUACAUCUCUCUGUCUCCUUUCUCCAUGUCCCACCAGACCCUUUCCUUUCUCUCUCCGCGCUCUUACAGCCCCAUUUCUUCACCUCCGUCCACCUCUCUUUCUUUCUACAUCUCUUCCUCGCUGUACUUCUAAGCUGGCCGCCGUUGAGUCCAACAACGACGGAUAUGACGACUCAGAAGAAGAUUUUGAAGAUUUUGAAGAAUUGGAAGAAGAAGCUGAUGGUGCUGAGCAUUCUGAGAGUGAGAGUGACGCCUUGAUUGAUGUCGAAAGCCUCGAAAAAGAAGCUAUUGAUUUUGUUCGGGAAUUUUCUUCCUCCUUACCUAAAGAGCUUAUAAUUGAAGAAGAUGUGAAAACGGACAGAAAGAGCAGGAGAAGGCAAAAGACUGUAACUAAAAGUAUACCGAACCAUCUUCUUCCAAAAGUUGCAAUUGUUGGAAGGCCAAAUGUUGGUAAAUCAGCAUUAUUCAAUCGUCUUGUUGGGGGGAACAGGGCUAUUGUUGUUGAUGAACCUGGGGUUACGAGAGAUCGUUUAUAUGGUAGAGCUUUUUGGGGGGACUGUGAAUUUUUGGUCAUCGACACUGGAGGUGUGCUCACAGUUUCAAAAUCACAAGCUAAUGUUAUGGAAGACUUGGAUAUUACAACAACUAUUGGAAUGGAUGGGAUUCCACUUGCUUCCAGGGAGGCAGCUAUUGCCAGGAUGCCAUCUAUGAUUGAACAACAAGCAACUGCAGCGGUGGAAGAAUCAUCUGUCAUUAUAUUUGUUGUUGAUGGUCAGGCAGGUUUAACAGCAGCUGAUGAGGAAAUUGCUGAUUGGUUACGUAGACACUUCUCUGACAAGUCUAUUAUACUUGCUGUUAACAAGUGUGAAUCGCCCCGUAAAGGAGCAUUGCAAGCAAUGGAGUUUUGGUCCUUAGGGUUUACACCAUAUCCUAUAUCUGCUGUUUCUGGAACUGGCACAGGAGAGCUUCUAGAUCUUGUUUGUUCAGGCCUGAUAAAGCUAAAGGAUCAAGAAGAAUAUGCUGAAGAAGAAGAGUAUAUUCCUGCAAUUGCAAUUGUUGGCCGACCAAAUGUUGGUAAAAGUAGUAUUUUAAAUGCUUUGGUUGGAGAAGACAGGACUAUCGUUAGCCCAGUCAGCGGCACCACUCGUGAUGCCAUAGAUACUGAAUAUACAGGACCGAAUGGCGAGAAGUUCCGGUUGAUUGAUACUGCUGGAAUUAGAAGAAGAGCAGCUGUAGCUUCACUAGGUAGUACAACAGAGGCCUUAUCAGUGAAUCGAGCAUUUCGAGCCGUUCGUCGUUCUGAUGUUGUAGCUCUUGUUAUUGAGGCAUUGGCUUGCAUUACAGAACAGGAUUUCAAGAUUGCUGAGAGGAUAGAAAAAGAAGGGAAGGGUUGCCUUAUAGUUGUAAAUAAGUGGGAUACUAUACCAAAUAAAAACCAGCAGACUGCAUCUUAUUACGAACAAGAUGUUAGAGAGAAGCUUCGCAUACUGGAUUGGGCUCCAAUCGUGUAUUCAACUGCAAUAGCUGGUCAGCAGAGUGUUGAAAAGGUAAUUGUUGCUGCUAGCGCAGUUGAAAAGGAAAGAUCAAGAAGGCUGAGUACUGCCAUUUUGAAUCAAGUUGUACAAGAAGCACUUGCUUUUAAAUCACCUCCAAGAACCAGGGGUGGCAGACGUGGACGUGUUUAUUACUGUACUCAGGCUGCAAUAAGGCCACCUACAUUUGUUUUCUUUGUUAAUGAUGCAAAGCUUUUUCCCGAGACAUACCGACGUUACAUGGAAAAACAACUACGUACGGAUGCAGGAUUUCCUGGCACACCAAUCCGGAUUCUAUGGCGCAGCCGAAAGAAAAUGGAAAGAAAUGAUGGAAAAUCUUCAAAAUCACAAGGGAAUCUUGUGCCUCGUAAUAGAAAAAUGGCAUCUGCUAUUACUACUUGAAGGAAAUGACAGGUUUCAACCAUUAUCCUAAAAGACUAAGCAUUGAGAGAGACACUUUAUAAAUGUUUCACACCAAUACAAGCACCAAUCAAGGAGUGGAAAGAGACUGGCAAACCAACAGACAUGACAGUCUUUAUUGUGAUAGCAUUGAAGUUGCUUUUCCUCUUGGGAAAUAUACAGGUCAAGUCACAUAAUGAGGAAAACAAAUGUAUUUUGAGGUAACAGCUUAAGGUGUUUAACUACCAUUAUGUGCUAUUUUUUUAAUAAACAUUUAUAUAUUACAAUAUAUAGUUUGGAGACUCAAACUACAACUUUUAAUACAUACGUACUCUUUUAUGAUCA